GGCUGUAACUUACACUUCUGUUGUGGCUCAUUCGUUUCCAGGUCCAUCACCAGAGCCUACUACAGGAACUCGGUUGGCGGACUCCUCCUCUUUGAUAUUACAAACCGCAGGUCCUUCCAGAACGUCCAUGAGUGGCUAGAAGAGACCAAGGUGCACGUCCAGCCAUACCAGAUCGUCUUUGUUUUGGUAGGUCACAAGUGUGACCUUGACACACAGCGGCAAGUCACCAGGCACGAAGCUGAGAAGCUGGCUGCUGCCUAUGGUAUGAAGUACAUUGAGACCUCGGCUCGGGACGCCAUUAACGUGGAGAAGGCCUUCACAGAUCUGACUCGAGACAUAUACGAGCUUGUUAAAAGGGGGGAAAUUUCAAUCCAGGAGGGAUGGGAAGGGGUAAAGAGCGGGUUUGUCCCAAAUGUAGUGCACUCUUCAGAAGAAGUGGUGAAAUCAGAUAGGCGGUGCUUGUGCUGAGCUCUUCUAGUGAGGUGAUGAACUCUACUAACCAAACGUACUUGACUAAGUGAACUCAGUGUGACAGAAGGGAGAGCAACACUCCCCCUGUGAACAGCCUCCCACGUUGUUUUGGACACCAGAACAGACCCCAGAAAGAAAUGUUCUGUUCCAAAUACCCUUUCAGAACUGGGGGCUACAAGCCUAAUGGAGAGUGAGGGUGCAUGUAGAUGUUGUAAGGAGACAAGAAGCAGAAAUGAGGGGCUGCGCAAGACAGGAGAGAGAAUACAGAGAGCUGAAGGGGCUGGCA